AUGAAACUCAUCAGCACCACCUCCGUCGCUGAAGAAGGAAUGUGGAGCAGGCCAUCAGGGUCUGUGGUGGUGCUGGUGGUGGGGGUGGGGGGUUUGGGGUGGACCAUCACAGUUUACCCAACCUCUGGAGCUGAGGUCAGGGGGAAGCAGAGGGGGUCGGCUGGGGGCAGGGGCCACGUUCACCUCCAGAUCACACACACACCCAGGAGAUGGGGAGUGCUGGAGUGA